ACGUGGUUUCUCCAAGCAGCAACUUCCUCUCACGUAUGGAUUCCUUCACUUUUGAGUUUCUCCUGUUACUGCUGCGGGUGCCACUGCAGCGCUCAGCUGAAGUCGGAUACACCCUCAAUUCAGCAUCCCUUCAAACUACCAUAUACAUAUAUUCUUUUUGCUGCGUGCUUUUUAACUUCUUCCUCCACUCCCUACUUUUAGCAAAGUGCACUCCUUUUUUGAUGCAGCACUCAAGUUACCUGCGCUGAAGGAGGUCCAGCUUAAAGAGCUGCGGAUGGAACUUUGGAAUCUUAUUAUUAUAAUUUUUAAUAGCUCAUCACACGCUAAGGAUACUGGGAAAUCCACAGAUUCAAGGUGCCGUGGCGCUUAACGGGAGGUUUCGGGCAAAUGCCACUGCGAUGCUGUGGACUUGACUUCAAAUAGCAGAUUCACAACGGUAGAGUCCUGUAAACCACAAUGAAAGACGACUUUGCUGAUGAGGAGGAGGUGCAGUCCUUUGGUUAUAAGAGGUUUGGAAUUCAGGAGGGUACAGAGUGCACCAAGUGUAAAAAUGACUGGGCAUUGAGGGCGGCGAUUGCACUCCUCUAUGUGCUCUGUGCCCUGCUCGCUAUAGCGGUGGCUGUCCUUGGAUACAAAGUGGUUGAGAAAAUGGACAAUGUGACAGUGGGCAUGCAGAAUUAUGGAGGCAAGAUCAAUGCUGUUGAGACAGACUUAAAGAAACUUGAUGAUCAGGCUGGAGCGUUGUCAAUUAAUGCCACCAGUGAAAUUAAGACUUUUAAGUCAGAUCUGGAAGCACUACAGAAUCAGCUUCAGCACAUUGACCACAGGGCAAGGAGUAACAGUGACAGGCUGCAGGAACUUCAGAAAACAGGACAUGGCACGGAAAAUGAACAUGUCUCACUGCAGAGUUUUAUGGAAAACAAUGCUGCUUUACUCCGUGGGAUCAAACAGACCUUGACCUCCUACAGUGGAAUGAUCGACGGCCUUGAGGCAGACACCGCACGGCUCCAGUCUGAGAUGCAGAGCCAGGUCAAAGUACAGAGCCAGACAGAGAUUGCUGUCAGUGCACUGAACAUCACGCAGGCCCAGCAGCGCAAUCUGCUCAGCACACUGCAGAAGACAAUUGAAGAUGCAGGGCAGGAAGUUCAGAAACUGAAAAAUGACUAUCAGAUUCUCCAGCAAACAGCCAGACAAACACGGGCUGACACAGAAUGGCUAAAAGAAAAGGUUCAGAACCUUCAAGUUUUGGCAGCCAACAACUCAGCCUUGACCAGGUCCAAUGAAGAGGCACUGAAUGACUUGGGAGCUCAGCUCAGCAAUUUAGCCAGCCAAAUUCAGAACACCUCAACUCUCACUGAGGGGCAUGACCAGAGCUUGCGUGAGAUGAUGGACCACCAGAGAGACCAUGAUAAUGUCACCUCAUUUAAGUUUGACGAAAUGGAAGCACGAUUAGACAGACAUGAGAGUGAAAUGGACCGUGUGACUGGAAACGUUAGCUUUGCCGCACAGAUUCUUGGUGUCAUCAGCUCUGAGCUGAAUGGCCUGAGGUCCUGUGCUGAGACCGUAAUGCGACACUCAGACCUUUUACUGGGACUCAAUGGAAGUGUGACACAGGCCAGUGCAGACAAUAGAGAGCUACGCACCCAGCAGGAUGAGCUAGUAGCCAGGUUGGACAGAGAGGUCAACAACUUGGCUAUGGUGAUGGAGGAGAUGAAGCUAGUGGACAGCAAGCACACACAGCUCAUCACCAACUUUACCAUUCUACAAGGCCUACCAGGUCCAAGAGGCCCCAGAGGUGACAGAGGUCUUCAAGGGCCAAUGGGCCAAACAGGACAAAAAGGUGAUAAAGGAGACAAAGGACUGCCAGGAUUGAUGGGACCUAAAGGAGAGCAAGGUGCAGCUGGACCACUAGGUGCUGCAGGUCCAAAAGGUUCACUUGGGCUGCGAGGUCUUCCAGGAGCUAAAGGAUCAAGAGGGUCUGGUGGUCGACCUGGAAUCCCUGGUGAGAAAGGUGACCCUGGGGUUGCAGGGCCUCCCGGUAGGGAUGGAUCUCCUGGAAUGCCAGGACCACCAGGGCCACAAGGGCCCAGAGGAGCAGCGGGACCUGCAGGUUUAGAGGGACCUCGUGGGCCUAUCGGACCCAUUGGCCCUUCUGGUCCUCCAGGUCUUCCAGGGUUGCCUGCACCUCCCAUAUUUGUAAAGCCACCUCAGCCCACUCAGCUCCAUCAGGUCCCUCAGCCCACCAAACCUUCUCAACCUUCUAAACUAGCAGAGGAACCACAAGGCUCUGUGUCUGUCCAGCCCCCUGUCGCCACAAGCCCAAAGCCUGGUUGUCCACAUGAGUUCCGAAAGUUUGGAGACAGCUGCUAUUACUUGUCUCGCGGUUCACAGAGGCUCAAUUUUGAUGAGGCCAAGCAAUUUUGUGCCAACCUUUCAGCUCAUAUGCUCAUUAUCAAUAACAAUGAGGAACAGCAAUUUGUCAGGAAUGCCAUCACAGGAAAGGGAUAUUUCUGGCUGGGACUUAGCGAUAGAGAGGAGGAAAGUGUUUGGAAGUGGGUGGAUGGAACCACACCUGUUUUCAUGAAUUGGAAGCCUGGCCAGCCUGAUAACUGGAAGCAUGGUCACGAAGACGGCGAGGAUUGUGCUGGCCUUAUCCAUAAUGCCAACUGGAAUGAUUUUUACUGCACUGACCGCAUCGGUUUCAUCUGUGAACGCGCCUUUGACUUGAAGAUGCCAGUCUUAUAGCAUCUAAGAAGUAGUAAUCUGUCUGUGGGGGAAAGGUGAAGAGGAUGAAGUUGAAGUUGAUGUCAUGAUAAUGAGGGACAUAAGGAGCUCCACGUGACUCUGAUCAAACCAGCCCAGUGGAGCAUCACUGACACUUUGACUGUUGUUUGUCUUUAAAGGCACUUUACAACAUAGUACAGUGCAAAAAGCAGAGCAAACACAGAGCCAUUCCACUGUUAUAAUGAUUUAGAAUUUGUACUGAAAAAACAUGAGAGUGUCUGCGUUUAUUUAGGCUAUACAUUUGGUGCAGCCACUGUUGUACAUGUGUAUCUGUAUAUAAUAUUUUACAAAAGACAAAUAGUUGGUUGGAUUUCAUAUUGUUUAAUAUCUUGACUUUUUCUCUCAAUCUUUAAAUGUUAAAAAAAAAUUGUCAGAGGAUUAUUUUAUUAAAGUAGAAAUCUUUUGUAUUCCGGAAAAUACUUCACAGAAUCAUAGUUGUGUUUAGAAGCAAGUUCCCACAAACAUUAUUAUCAUCAUUACCCAGCAAACAACUGUAACCUAAGCUAACAAAUAGAAACAAAAGUAGAGCAAAUUUUCUCAGUGCCUCUUCUUUGGGGGAAUAGAUUGCUCAGUGGGAGCACUGUUGCUGUGUUAUGAAGCACAGUAUUUCUUGGACUUUAGGCUGCCAGUAUUAUUUUAAUCUGAGAUAUACAUUAACAGUAUGUACAUAGUUUGCAAUGUAUCCAUUAUCAGAUGAUUUAUUCAUUAUGCCAAAUGCAAUAUGUGAAACAUUACAUGUUUAUGAUUUGCAUAAUCACUUGUUAUUGUUGAUCUUUGCCAAUGCUUAUGGACUGUAUAGCAGUGUGUAAUCUGGUUUAAAUCUGAUUUGUGCCUUCGUUAAAUCACCGAGUUCCUAUGGAUCAGGCCAGGAUGCUUAACACAAUAAAAUGGGAAAGAAUUUUG